AUGAAGGAUUUUGGAGUGUGGUUGGUUCCUCGCAGAGGCGUCUUAUGGAGGAAUCGUGAAAAUUCAGGAUUCAGGAGAUCUUCCGAUAUUUCCAGCGAUCUUGGUUGGGAUCGGACCUCCCUCUGGCAUAGGUCAGAUGGCUGGGAUGAUUUUCCUCCAUUGAUUAGUGUUGCAGGGAUGCACGUCAUCAGCAGUGCAGAAAUGAAUUACCAUCCAUUUUCCAGUCACCCAAUCCAGUUUAAUUGGGCUUGUGUCCGCGUGAAGGCUCGCCUUCAUUCUUGGUAUGUCUCAUUGUCCUUGAAUAAUUUAAUAUGUCGAGAUCUCUUUCCCAUCAUCAUUUACAUUUUUCUUCUUAAUCGAUACUUGGAAGUUAAUAUAAUCAUUUACUCUGUUUUACAAUCUUUAAAAUCUUUAUAUGUAAAUCUGUGCCUAUAUGCAUUGUCGGAGAAACUAAAAAACUUACUCAUUCUCAGAUUGCAUUGUGGAAUAUGCAUCCAUUUUUCAAAGAAAGGGCGACAUUCCAAGCACUCACACUUUCUCUCCUUGCUAGCUAAAUUGGCUGAUAAGCUAAAGAAGUCAAUGGAGGAUGAAAUUCAUUUUCUCAAGGGAAGGGUUUCAGAACUUGAAAGUGAUCUUAUGUCGAAGUCCACAGAAGUUACAUCUGCAGUUUCAAGGAAAGAAGAAGCUCUAUCUUCUGCAUUUACUGAAAUUGACCAUCUGAAGGAAGAAAAUUCUAUAAAAAUGUGAGCAUUAUUGUAUGCAUAUGGAGGGUGUUUACUGUGUUGGAGUGUAUUUGUUUCUUACACAUGAGGGCAUGCCUUAGUUGUAAUUCUUAUGAUAGGUUAAGCAAAGUGAAGUAUUGUUUAUUUAGAAAUGUGAAUGUAGGAUACAUUGUAUGAUUUGAUUGUUAUUUGUAAUAAAUGUAUCAUUUUUUUCUGAUUGCAUUUUAUGUACUAUUUUUAUCAGCAUUAAGCUUAGAUGAGUUAUCAAUCACAGCAGGUUCUUGCAAUGGAAAUAGGUUGUAUUAUUACAAUUUUUUUAAAAAUA